UCAACGCGUGCGCCACCAGCGGAAACGCGUCUUCAGUUCCAAGGUUCACUCACCUUUGAUCUUCGCAAUCUACUCUUACCUUUCGAUCGUCUCUUCUCUUAGUUCUCGACUUCCCUCCUCUUACUUUACGAUCUUCUCUCUUCUCGAUCUUCUGCCCACUUACCUCGUCUCUCCCCUCACAUCAAUACAAUGCCGCGCCGACAAAAGAAGCAGCCCGUAGAGAGCGAAGAGGAGGCCUUUAAUCACGACUUCGACGAGGAAAUGGACGACGCACCGCCCAGCAUCGACCCGUACGCGGUGCUCGGCCUCGAAACGACCGCCACAGAAGACGACGUCAAGAAGGCCUAUCGCAAGCUAGCACUGAAACAUCAUCCCGACAAGGUCCCCGAAUCCGAAAAAGCCGCCGCCAACAAAACCUUCCAAGAGAUUGCCUUCGCCUACGUCGUCCUCUCCGACUCCGCACGGCGCGAGCGCUACGACCGCACGGGGAGUACCUCCGAAUCCGUAUCCGACGAUCCGGACUUCGACUGGCUGAGCUUCUACCGCGAGCAGUUCGAGAAUGUGGUCACGGAGGAGAGCAUCCAGAAUGUUGCGAACGAGUACAAGGGCAGUGCGCGGGAGAGGCGGGAUCUCUUGGAUGCGUACACGCAGUUUGAAGGCAACCUGGACAGGGUGUAUAGCACGGUGAUGCUGAGUGAUAUUCUCGAGGACGAUGAUCGGUUCCGCAGGAUCAUUGAUGAGGAGAUUGAGAAGGGCUCGGUGGAGAGGUUUGAGGCGUAUGAGCGGAUUAACAAUGAUGCUGCGCGGGAGAGGGCAAAAGAGCGGGAGCGCAAGAGGCGCGAGGAGUUUGACAAGCGACAUGGCAGUACGAAGGAGGCGGCCGAGAAGGCGAGGGCGAAGCAGAAAGCGAAGGGGAAGCAAGGUGCUGAUGGCGGUAUGGCGGGUCUCGCGGCGCUCAUACAGCAGAGGCAGAAGGCGCGCAUGGGGAAUAUUGGGAACUUGAUCGAUAAUUUGGAGGCAAAGUAUGGAGGAAAGUCCCGGGGAAAGAAGAGGGGCGCUCGCGUGGACGAACCUAGCGAGGAGGCAUUCCAGGCUACGAGGGCGAAACUCGAUGCAAAAAAGAGCAAAGCGAGUGCGACCCGUGCUCCUCGCGGCAAGAUGAAGGUGGUGCAAGAAGACGAUCAGGAUGACGACAGCGAAAGUAUCAACCUGGAGAGCAAGGAGGAGGAGGAGGAGGAGGAGGAGGAAGAGGAGGAAGCUUCGCCUCCGCCAAAGUCCAAGAAGCAGAAGACGGUGAAUGGUCGUGGUCGCGCUAAGGUUAAGGCUUAGGUUUCGUGUACAGGUGAUGGCUGGCGCCAGGGUUUAGUUUCAUAGGUGGUUCAUGGCGAAGGAGUUGGGGUGCAUCUGGGCUUUGCAUUCUGUCUCGCGGAGUUGGCAGUUCGGCGUUGGCUGACCACAAUGGGCCACAUGAUGCCUGGGUACCGAAUUUACAUUUUCCGAAUGGCUCGAGACAUUGCACUGUCACUUGCUCUAUCAUACGCAUUAUGGAAGGGACGCAAACUCCCUCAUCCUACGAACAUUUCACUGCCGUGCAUCACAAUCCGUACUUUUACGAAACCCGAUUUCGAACGGAAGACUGAAGCUGAAGCAACCCAACAGCCG